CUGAACCAGGAGGGACCUGCACCCCAAAGAAUCUGUGCACUCUAAGCUGGAAGGGACCUGCACCCCAAAACAUCUGUGUGCCCUAAACCAGGAGGAACCUGCACCCCAAUCCUGCUGUACCCUAAACCAGGAGGGACUUGAACCCCAAAGCAUCCCUGUGCCCUAAACCAGGAGGGAUCUGCACCCUAAACCAUCCGUGUGCCCUGAUCUUGCUGUGCCCUAAACUGGGAGGGACCUGCACCCCAAAGCAUCCCUGCACCCCAAAGCAUCCCUGCACUCUAAGCUGGCAGGGAUCUGCACCCCAAUUCUGCUGUACCCUAAAGCAGGAGGGAUCUGCAGCCCACACCUCCGUGUGCUGGCUCUGGCUCUGUGGGGACACCAUGGAUGACGCUCUGCCCGUGGAAGCGGAGCUGGAGCAGCAGUGGUUGUCCAACAGCUCCCUGAACGAGUCCCUGUCCAACCAGUUUGUGCAGCCCCCGUGGCAGGUGGCCCUGUGGGCCGUGGCCUACGCCCUGAUCGUGGUGGUGGCCGUGGUGGGGAACGUGGUGGUGAUGUGGAUCAUCCUGGCCCACAAGCGCAUGAGGACGGUCACCAACUACUUCCUGGUGAACCUGGCGUUCGCCGAGGCCUCCAUGGCCGCCUUCAACACCGUGGUGAACUUCACCUACGCCAUCCACAACGAGUGGUACUACGGGCCCUUCUACUGCCGCUUCCACAACUUCUUCCCCAUCGCUGCCGUCUUCGCCAGCAUCUACUCCAUGACAGCCAUCGCCCUGGACAGGUACAUGGCCAUCAUCCACCCUCUGCGCCCUCGGCUCUCGGCCUCGGCCACCAAGGUGGUCAUCGGGGUCAUCUGGCUCCUGGCAUUCCUGCUGGCCUUCCCCCAGGGAUAUUAUUCCAUGAUGGCAGAGCUGCCAGGACGACUGGUGUGUCUGGUGGAGUGGCCUGAGCCCGGGACACACGUGUAUGGAAAAACGUACCACUUCUGCAUGACCAUCCUGAUCUACUUCCUGCCCCUCCUGGUCAUAGGCUGUGCCUACACCGUGGUGGGACUCACCCUCUGGGCCAGCGAGAUCCCCGGGGACUCCUCCGACCGCUACCACGAGCAGGUCUCGGCCAAGCGGAAGGUGGUGAAGAUGAUGAUCAUCGUGGUGUGCACCUUCGCGCUCUGCUGGCUGCCCUACCACAUCUACUUCACCCUGCAGUACUUCCACCCCGAGUGGUACUUCCAGAAGUUCAUCCAGCAGGUCUACCUGGCCAUCAUGUGGCUGGCCAUGAGCUCCACCAUGUACAACCCCAUCAUCUACUGCUGCCUCAACGACAGGUUCCGCGUGGGCUUCAAACACGCGUUCCGGUGGUGCCCCCUGGUCAGCGCGGGCGAGUACGAGGGGCUGGAGCUGAAGUCAGCCCGGUACCUGCAGACCCAGAGCAGCGUCUACAAGGCCAGCAGGAUGGAGACCACGGUGUCCCUGGCCGUGGGGAUGGCGGAGGAGGAGCUGGAGGAGCCCUCCAAGGCCAAGCGUCUCUCCAUAGACGUGACCUCCAACGGCUCCUCCCGCAGCGACUCCAAAACCGUCUCCGAGAGCCUCAGCUUCUACUCCAACACCCUCACCUGAGGAGCUCCCCGGCUCCAUCGGCCGCUCCUGAGGUGCCACCACCCCCCUGCCCUCGCUGGGACGCUCCAGGGCUCCCCCCAUGGCCCUGGUUUGUGAUGUGCUGGUGUUUCCUGUGGUGUUUUGUCAUCUCCCAUCGCCGUCCCCGGGCGAGCCCAGGAGGGAAAGCUUUGGAUGAGUUCCAUGUGUUCCAUCAUGGCCUGUGUGGAGAAGGUGCAGGAAUGGGACA